AUGAAGCCGUUGGAGAAAUUUUUGAAGAAGCAGACGUCGCAGCUGGCGGGGCGAACGGUGGCGGGAGGUCCCGGCGGGGGUCCGGGAAGCUGCGGCGGCCCUGGCGGGGGCGGGGGACCUGGCGGGGGCGGCGGUCCAACCGGGGGACUGCGGCCGCUGCAGCGGCGUCAGAGCGUGUCUCGCCUGCUGCUCCCCGCUUUCCUCCGGGAGCCCCCAGCCGAGCCGGGGCUGGAGCCGCCCCCUGAAGAGGAAGGGGGAGAGCCGGCGGGGGUCUCGGAGGAGCUUGGCAGCGGAGGGCCCUGUUGGCUACAGCUCGAGGAGGUGCCGGGGCCCGGGCCGCUCGGGGGAGGGGGUCCCCUGCGCUCCCCUUCCUCGUACUCCUCUGACGAGCUGUCCCCGGGUGAACCCCUGACUUCCCCGCCCUGGGCCCCCCUGGGCGCCCCCGAGCGGCCGGAGCAUCUUCUGAACCGGGUGCUGGAGCGGCUCGCUGGAGGGGCCACCAGGGACAGCGCCGCCUCAGAUAUCCUGCUGGAUGACAUCGUCCUCACCCAUUCUCUCUUCCUCCCCACGGAGAAAUUUCUGCAGGAGCUACACCAGUAUUUUGUUUGGGCAGGAGGCAUGGAGGGCCCCGAGGGGCUGGGCCGGAAGCAGGCUUGUCUAGCCAUGCUCCUUCAUUUCCUGGACACAUACCAGGGGCUGCUGCAGGAGGAAGAGGGGGCCGGCCGCAUCAUCAAGGAUCUGUACCUGCUGAUUAUGAAGGAUGAGUCCCUUUACCAGGACCUCCGAGAGGACACAUUGAGGCUGCACCAGCUUGUGGAAACAGUGGAGCUAAAGAUCCCAGAGGAAAGCCAGCCACCCAGCAAGCAAGUGAAGCCACUCUUCCGUCACUUCCGCCGGAUUGACUCCUGCCUGCAGACCCGAGUGGCCUUCCGGGGCUCUGAUGAGAUCUUCUGCCGGGUCUACAUGCCUGACCACUCUUACGUGACCAUCCGCAGCCGCCUCUCGGCGUCUGUGCAGGACAUCCUGGGCUCUGUGACAGAGAAAUUGCAGUACUCAGAGGAGCCUGCGGGGCGUGAGGACUCCCUCAUCCUGGUGGCUGUGGCUUCCUCCGGAGAGAAGGUCCUUCUCCAGCCGACUGAAGACUGUGUCUUCACCACACUGGGCAUCAACAGCCACCUGUUUGCCUGCACGCGGGACAGCUAUGAGGCCCUGAUGCCCCUCCCAGAGGAGAUCCAGGUCUCCCCUGGAGACACAGAGAUCCACCGAGUGGAGCCCGAGGACGUUGCCAACCACCUUACUGCCUUCCACUGGGAGCUGUUCCGAUGUGUGCAUGAGCUGGAAUUCGUGGACUACGUGUUCCACGGGGAGCGCGGCCGCCGGGAGACGGCCAACCUGGAGCUGCUGCUGCAGCGUUGCAGCGAGGUCACGCACUGGGUGGCCACCGAGGUGCUGCUCUGCGAGGCCCCGGGCAAGCGCGCGCAGCUGCUCAAGAAGUUCCUCAAGAUCGCAGCCAUCUGCAAGCAGAACCAGGACCUGCUGUCCUUCUACGCCGUGGUCAUGGGGCUGGACAACGCCGCGGUUAGCCGCCUGCGGCUCACCUGGGAGAAGCUGCCAGGGAAAUUCAAGAACUUGUUCCGCAAAUUUGAGAACCUGACAGACCCCUGCAGGAACCACAAAAGCUACCGAGAAGUGAUCUCCAAGAUGAAACCUCCUGUGAUUCCCUUCGUGCCUCUGAUCCUCAAAGACCUGACUUUCCUGCACGAGGGGAGUAAGACCCUUGUCGAUGGUUUGGUGAACAUCGAGAAGCUGCAUUCAGUGGCUGAAAAAGUGAGGACAGUCCGCAAAUACCGGAGCCGGCCCCUCUGCCUGGAUAUGGAGGCGUCGCCCCAUCACCUGCAGACCAAGGCCUAUGUGCGCCAGUUCCAGGUCAUUGACAACCAGAACCUCCUCUUUGAGCUCUCCUACAAGCUAGAGGCCAAUAGUCAGUGAGAACAGAGGUUCCGGUGGACGCCCCGCCGAGGUCCUCAGGCACCUGGCACUCAAGCACUUUGCACGAUGUCCCAACCCACCCCUGACACCUUUCCUCUGGGGCAACUUCUUGCCCCUCAGGGAAGAGUCAGAUGGACUUACCCCUGGACUCAGAAGCCUGUCCACCUUGCUGAAAUCCUCUCCCCCUUGCUCCUUCCAGCCCACACCCCACUUGGCUGGUUUCUUCCCUCGCAGGGAAGGGGGCAGAGAGCUCCUUCCUCUGUCCCCUCCCAUUGAGGUCUGGUCCAGAGAUGGAGUUUCCAACCUCCUCCCAGGCAGGCAGGAAAGUGGCCCACCCUCCUGUCUCACAGAGUGGAAUCGUGGGAGGGGUUGGCAGCCUUCCUCUCCAGCCCGGUCUGGCCUCUCCCUGGUCAGGGCCGGGACCCCUGAUGUACCCCACUGGAAUAUCACAUCGCCCUUGUGUCUGUGUGCCUGUGUGCGCCUGUCCCCUUGAAGA